CAAAGCAAGCCAGAGUAGUUGGCGAUUCAAAGUUCAGUAAAAACACAGGGGAAAAACUCUGCUGUGAACGUACCAAAUAACCGAUCUCUCCCUCCUUCCUUAGCUUUGUACCAUCUUACAUGAGGUGGCCAUCGAAGUGGAAAAACAUUAGACGUUAUUAGCAAAGCAUGAGAAAUUCACCUUUUAAUAGUUUGAGGCGCAAUACUAUGGCUUCUUCUCAGUCUACGUUCGUCCACUUGAUAGCGGGAGGGGUCGCAGGAACUGUUGGUUCCUCGCUAACUUGUCCCUUAGAAGUAGUAAAAACCAGAUUACAGUCCUCAGUUACAACGUUUCAUGCUACGACAUGUGUGAGUGGUGUAGGAACAGUACCAAUUCAAGUAUCCUAUCAGAAACCCACAGGAAUUCUAAUGUGUCUUAAAAAUAUAAUCCAAUAUGAAGGAGUUCCAGCAUUAUUUAGAGGGCUUGGACCUACACUUAUUGGCGUCGCCCCAUCAAGGGCUAUAUACUUCUCCUUUUACGCGACUGCUAAGAACAAGUUUAAUAGAAGUGGUUGGCUGGUGCCAGAAAGUAAGAUGGUUCACAUGAUGUCUGCUUGCUCUGCAGGACUGUUAACUUCGACUGCAACUAGUCCAUUAUGGGUUUGCAAAACGAGACUACAGCUUUAUAAUGGGAGAAGACAAAGAUUAUGGAGAGUUAUUUUUUCAAUAUACCAGAAAGAAGGCAUUCGAGGAUAUUAUCGUGGACUUUCGGCAUCUUAUGUUGGAGUUACGGAGACUUGUAUACACUUCGUCAUAUAUGAACACAUAAAGUCCAAGUUACGAGUUCACAAACUACAAACUAGAGGAGGACAGAAGAGUGCUUUUGAUUUUGUGGAAUUCAUGCUGGCUGCAGCAACAUCCAAGACAAUAGCAUCAAUAGUUGCAUAUCCACAUGAAGUUGUUCGGACAAGGUUACGUCAGCAAGAGAGUGACGGUACUCGAAGAUACCACUCCUUUUUUCAAACUCUUAAAAAGAUUGCUUUAGAGGAAGGCCGACGAGGAUUGUAUAGUGGAUUGGGAACACAACUCAUACGACAAAUUCCUAAUACAGCCCUUGUCUUCUUGACUUAUGAAGCUAUUGUAAGCUUUUUGUGUAAAGAGGAUUGAGCUGGAGCAUCAGUGUUGUUUUUUGCUGAAUCCGAAAUGGCAUUGCUAGUUUGGUGAAGAGCAUAAUGGCAUCGAAAUACAAAUGGCUGUACUUCCAUGGUAUAAAAGAAAUGAUAUUCACAAAGAAUAAGAUAUAAACAAAUAUCAGUAGACCUAAUUCGUGGUGUGACAAUGUUUUCCUAAUUCAGCAUGACAAACCUCUGGAGGAUUCAUUUUAUUUUGUUUUUACUCUUUGAAAAAGUCAUGAGCAUCCCUAAGGAUAUGAAAGGAAUGACAGUUAUAUACCGAUGAGUUUCAAAAUAAUAGCUGUUCAUUCUCUGUCACACCAAGAAUAAAUAGAGAAUAUUACAUGGGCGCGCUUGGAGAUACAAAUUUUAUCUUUGAGUGUUCAAUUGAUAUCUCACGAGUGAGAGCAGUGAACGAGUGAGAUAUCGAAGUUGAACACGAGAAGAUAAAAUUCGUA